AACGGCUUCAAAGUGCUCCCUCACUGGCUUCUCUCGGCCACUCUGGAUUUCUCUUUCCCCGAACGGAGCAAAACUUUUACUCAGGGGAUGAAAAUAUCUGUUGUGUCCAAGAAGCUGUGGUGCGUCCACAAGCAGCUACUCCUCCUGUUCGCUCCACUCCUCUUUCUGCCUUUACUUUUUACUCUACCAGAAAAGGAAGGAAAAUGCCUCUACGUGGUGGUGCUGAUGGCUACAUUUUGGUGUACGGAGGCUCUGCCUCUGGCGGUCACAGCAAUGCUUCCGGUCUGCCUAUUCCCAACACUGGGAAUUCUUCCAGCCAAGAAAGUGUGUCCUCAGUACUUUAUCGAAACCAACUUUCUCUUUCUCAGUGGUCUUGUGAUGGCAUCCUCUAUAGAGGAAUGGGGCCUGCAUCGCAGGAUAGCACUUAAAGUCUUGAGCAUUGUUGGAGUAAAACCAGCCUGGCUCAUCUUGGGAAUGAUGCUGACCUCAUCCUUCCUGUCCAUGUGGCUCAGCAACACUGCCACAACAGCCAUGAUGCUCCCUAUCGCCAACGCCAUUCUGGAGAGCUUGUUCGGUGACCUGGAGACUUUAAAGCAGAAGUGCAAAUCUCCAGAGAGUCAAGACAGUGCUGCAAUACACAGUCAGUCCUCUGUAAAGCUGCAUUCGCUGCCAUCAGAGCCUUCUGAAAAACUAAUUCUGUCAAUGGAUGGUUCAGACACAAUGGAGCAGACUGAUAUGAGGACAACUGAAGAGGUCCGAUUGGAGUCACAGUAUCAGAUGAAAGUGUGGAAGGGAUUCUUGAUCUGUAUUCCCUAUGCAGCUAGUAUCGGAGGGACCGCCACGCUGACGGGUACUGCGCCCAACCUCAUCCUGAUUGGCCAGCUGAAAAGCUAUUUCCCAGACUGUGAUCUUAUAAACUUUGGCUCAUGGUUUGCCUUCGCUUUCCCACUCAUGCUUCUGUUCCUGUUCUUGGGAUGGAUAUGGAUCUCCUUCCUCUAUGGAGGGUUGAACACGAGGUUGUGCUUCACCAAACACGACCACAGAGCCCAGGCGGAGGCCAGAGCCCAGGCUCUGAUAAAGGACGAUUACAGAAAACUAGGGCCCAUGAAUUUUGCAGAAGGGGCCAUCUCUUUCUUUUUUAUUUUGUUUGCCGUUCUCCUGUUCACAAGAGAUCCCAAAUUUGUCACUGGCUGGUCAGUGUUUUUUAAAAAAGGAUACGUCUCAGACGCUGUCACUGGUGUGAUCAUUGUGUCCAUCUUGUUCUUCUUCCCCUCACAGAAACCUUCUCUGAAAUGGUGGUUUGACCCAGAAGCUUCAAACACGCCUUAUGUACCUCUCCUUUCGUGGAAAAAGGCUCAGGACUCUGUUCCCUGGAAUAUCAUUCUGCUGCUUGGAGGCGGUUUUGCAAUGGCCAAAGCUUGCGAGGAGUCUGGCCUGGCCUCUUGGAUCGGAGGCCACCUCCAGCCUUUGGCUGAAGUCCCCCCGGCAGCAGCUGUGAUGUUGAUCACUGCUUUUCUUGCCUGUUUCACUGAGUUUGCCAGCAACACUGCCACAAUUAUCAUAUUUUUACCUGUGAUUGCUGAACUGGCUAUUCGCGUCACCGUGAACCCUCUGUAUUUCAUGAUUCCUGCCACAGUAGGAUGCUCUUAUGCCUUCAUGCUGCCAGUGUCCACACCUCCAAACUCAAUUGCAUUUGCUUCGGGACAUCUCAUGGUCAAAGAUAUGGUGAAAACCGGCUUCGUCAUGAACAUCUUGGGCGUCCUCUCGGUCUCUCUGGCCAUGAACACCUGGGGUGUGGCCAUGUUCAGCCUGAACACUUACCCAGAAUGGGCUCACCCCCUCAACACGACCGCCGCUAUUUCCAACGUCCACUUGUCAUCUGUCCAGUCGCUUAAUGCUACGCUUUGA